GCGGCUCCAAUAUUAAUCAUGCUGGAGCCGGUGGCUGAGGAGAGCGGCGCCUCGGAUGGGUCCCUUCCUCGCUGUCGCUGAACCUUACAUGCGCUGAGGUGAAGAUGGCAGAGAGGACUACUUCAGAGGGCGUCGACUUCUGCUGGGGUCCGAAUUCACAGUUUCUGGCCGCCCUCUGGAAUCUCGCUUAAGGUCUUACGACAUGCAACUUGAAAGUGAGACAGAAAGUGCUACCACAUGGCUGGAAUGGGUGGAGAUCAUUGAGCCUCGAACUCGAGAGCGAAUGUAUGCUAACCUUAUCACUGGAGAAUGCGUCUGGGAUCCACCUUCUGGUGUCCGAAUAAAGCGCACCAAUGAGAAUCAGUGGUGGGAGCUUUUUGAUCCCAACACCUCCAGGUUUUAUUAUUACAAUGCCACAACCCAGCGGACAGUCUGGCAUCGGCCUCAGAACUGUGACAUCAUUCCACUGGCCAAAUUGCAGACGUUAAAACAGAACACUGACUCACCAAGCCGAGCUUCUGCGGACAACAGCCCAGGCCGCAGUAGCAACAUCAGCAGAGAAGGGAGCACCAGUUCGUCACUAGAGCAGGAGCUGGAGGCCGAUAGAACUCAAGAACAAGCACGGCCAAAACCAGCCCAGCAGAUCAUCGGGAAAGAGGAACCAGAGAGUUGUUUUCAGUGUGUUUCUCAUGUGCUUGGGCUUGAAGACAACAGCAGGCACGAGAAGACCAUCAAGCCUGACAAAACAUCGCCUCAUCGGUGGAUGACAGGCACCAAGGAACGCAUGUUGAUCAAAGUUACAGACCGGGAACCAAGUUACCUACUGCAUCAGGGUAACGGGAAUGCCGAGAACCAGCCAGGAACACGGCCGCGGAGACCAUCAGGGCACCAGCUGCCUCAUGCUCAUAGCUUUGCGUCGGACAGUGACAACCAGGUCUUCUUCACAGAGCGCAAGCCAUCCCCUUACCUGAAGAGGGCCGAGCACAUAGGCGGCUGCUCCCCAGUGCUCGCGAGAGGCGAACCCUAUCACUCCCCGAUCCAUUAUCAGCAUAGAAAGUACUCCUUCGAAUCCCAGCCCUCGUCUCCCCGAUAUGGCUACGAACCCCCUCUCUACGAGGAGCCCCCCGUUGAAUUCCAGGCUCCUAUUUACGAUGAGCCGCCCAUGGAGGUGCAGUGUGAGGGAAUCAGCUAUAGAGCAGGAUCGCCCCAGAAGUCCCCAGUUCGAAAGCCACACCCAAUGCUUCACUCUCCCAAACAGGGCCAGAACUCUCCCUAUCAGCACCUUGUGUUAACGAAGCAGAAAUGCGCUGAGAAAUCCAUGAGUUUAGAAUACAGUCCAGCGGGCAAAGAACUCGUGAAGCAGCUUGUAUAUGUGGAACAGUCCGGCUCCAGCCCGAAAUUCAAGUCAAGCACAAAACAUCGAUAUUCACCCAGUGCUGCAUCCACCAUUUCUUACACGUUGCAACACAGCCCUUCGUUGGUGAGAGACUUCCAGCGUUCAGAGUCGAGAUCAGCUGACUACAAUGGUCUGGAGGAGUCUGAAGUCAGGUUCGGCCACCAAGGCGGCCAGCUGAUCCACGAGGACUCGAUGUCGUGGUCCAGCCAGCACGACUCGCUGUCUUCCAUAGGUUACUCGCCCAACACAAGGAAAAGGAAAAGCAGGAAGCCCUCACUGACGCAGGAGGGCUGCGGUGUGGUGGGGGAGAGCUGUGGGGAGGUGAACCCAGUGUCUGAGCGGCUGCUGACGGAGGAGAGGCACUCGCCCCUCGAGAAGCCUCAGCCGAACCAGACCGAGGGCAAGAGCGCGGAGGCAGAGGCACUGCGGGGCUACCCAGACGUCCACAUGACCCAGGCCAGGCUCGCGCGGGAGGCCCAACAACUGCAUCACAUCAAGCAACGCAGCAGCUGGGACUCGCAGAAGGAGGUGUCAGGCUACGAGAGCGACGGAGCCCUGCCGUUGCCCAUGCCAGGCCCCGUGGUGCGAGCUUUCAGCGAGGACGAAGCGCUGGCCCAGCAGGACAACAAGCACUGGAAGAGGAAUACAUUUGAGAAACUCGGCUUUCCCCAGGUGCUGUUGGAAAAAAGUGUUUCUGUGCAGACCAACUUGGCCUCACCGGAGCCUUACUUACACCCAUCACAGUCUGAGGAUCUGGGCACUUGCAGUCAGUAUGAUGUUGGAAGGCAGAGCCGGAGCAUGAUGCCCAGCGCCAGCUGCGUUUUCCCCGGAUUCAUGCUGCGAAAGCCCUCCUCCGAGACCGACAUUGAGAACUGGGCCUCCAAGCACUUCAAUAAGCACACGCAGGGAAUCUUCCGCCGCAAGGUCUCCAUUGCCAACAUGCUGGCCUGGAGCAGCGAGUCCAUCAAGAAGCCCAUGAUAAUGACAGCCGACCGGAACGUCAAGAAGGAAGCAUGCGAGGUGUUCAAGCUCAUCCAGAUGUACAUGGGCGACCGGCGGACCAAGGCGGAUCAGCUUAACGUGGCACUGGAGAUCGCCACAAAGGGCUGGAGCAUGCAGGGCCUGAGGGAUGAACUGUACAUCCAGCUGUGCCGACAGACUACUGAAAACUUUAGAUACGAGAGCCUCGCCAGGGGCUGGGAAUUAAUGGCCAUCUGCCUGGCCUUCUUCCCCCCGACUCCCAAAUUUCACUCUUACCUGGAAGGCUAUAUCUACAGGCACAUGGAUCCUGUGAAUGAUGCAAAAGUGACACAGCACAUUACAGAGCUCCAGGAAAGGAAAGAUAAGAAGAGGGUGAAAUUGCGAAAGAAAGCAAAGCCUUGUAUUGCGGAUGCCGAUGGUGUUGCUAUCAGCACAUAUGCCAAGUACUGCUACCGUAAACUGCAGAAAUCAGCCCUGACUGGAGCAAAAAAGGGUCUCCGGAAACCAAGUGCAGAUGAGAUCAGACACGCCACCAAUGCCGUUUUCUGCCCUUCCAUGUUUGGCAGCUCUCUGGAAGAGAUAAUGAACAUGCAGAACGAGCACUAUCCAGACCGACAGCUGCCCUGGGUGCAAACUAGACUCUCAGAGGAGGUGCUGAAGCUCAAUGGAGCACAGACCGAAGGCAUCUUCAGGGUCCCCGGGGACAUCGACGAGGUCAAUGCUCUCAAGCUUCAAGUGGAUCAGUGGGUUAUCCCUCAAGGGCUGACGGACCCCCAUGUUCCAGCCUCGUUGUUGAAAUUGUGGUAUCGCGAACUGGAGGAUCCACUCAUCCCUCACGAAUUUUACGAGCAGUCCAUCACUCACUAUGAAAACCCAGAGGCAGCCAUCGCAGUUGUCCACUCCCUGCCUAAGCUCAACCGUCUAGUCCUCGGCUACCUCAUCCGCUUUCUCCAGAUUUUUGCCCAACCGGCCAACGUCUCCGUUACCAAGAUGGACGCCAACAACCUUGCCAUGGUCAUGGCCCCCAACUGCCUCCGCUGCCAAUCCAACAACCCCAGGAUCAUAUUCGAGAACACACGGAAAGAAAUGUCCUUCCUGCGAGUGCUCAUUCAACACCUGGACACAAGCUUCAUGGAAGAUGUGCUAUAGCAAGGCCAGUUUACCUGUUGAAGAGAAAUUAUCAACAAAAAUACAAAGAUAAGCCUUGUAUAAAAAUGUGUCUGCAUUUGUUUAUACCGAAUUGAGGUCUUCUUGCCAGUCCCUUACUGGUUGGUGUUGUCUAAAUUAUAAAAAAAAGGGAAAAAAAUGAAAAAAAAGGUAUUAUAUGUAAAUUUUGAUGCUGGUUUUGAAGCUGCUUUAUUUGUCCUCUGUGUAUGAUGCUCCCAUCCAGGUCCAUCCCCACCUGUGGCACAAGUUUACUAAUAGUUUAUUUUUUAGUUUAGCAUUCGUACUUGGGUUUUUAAACCACUUUAUAAAGUAACUUUAUUUUUAUAGCAUUUAAUUAUACAGGGCUAAAGCAAAACAAAGGACACCCUUCACGUGGGGAGAUGCCCUCAUUCCGUUUACUUCACUGCUGUUUCUUCCAUUCCGUGUUCUGCUGUGAAUUUUAGCCGAGAUUAUUCUAAGCCUUAUGUUGUUUCAAAUUUUACUUGCACAAAGUUCAAAAUAUUGGACUUUUAUUUUUUAAAGAGGAUUGGUUAAUUCCAUGUUAUUCUCUCUAAAUAAUCUGGAACUUUUUUCAACCAAGUAUCAAUUUGUUUCUUGUUUGAGCUCAAGGUAAGUGUAGCAUUGCCCCAGUGAGGUGCCUGGUAGCCUGUUCGCUGAUGCUGUCCUCCAGUUGCCCGGUUUAGGGCUUUCAAAGUUAGUCUGAUGGAGCAGGUCUGAAGCUUCCUUGGAUUUGUAGUGAAUGUUAGGAAAUGAGCACAGGUAUAUAAUCUGGGAAUCACACAUUCCAUAAAUGGGCCUGCAGCUCAUUUGCUUGCUGAUCAGGAAUGGAUUCUACAUUUUAAAAGAAAAUGUUUGCUUGCAAUUUCCUCCCUGUGUUUAAUUAGGAAAAUAACAUUCCCCAGAAAUACUUGAAAUCGGAACUACGUGUUAACCACUGAAGCUGUCGGACAGUUCCCAAUCACUGUCCAUGUAGAAGCAAGUCCUGCCUGGGUAGCAUGCAAGGUUUCAGUGGGAGGCUUGCAGUGGAUAUUGAGGCCAGUUGUAAAAAGCUCAGUUAGACACAGAGGGGUAUGUGUAGAGCUUCUGCAGACACUGAACAUGUUCUGUUUCAAGGGAUAAUCCCUCAACAGUAUAAGCUCAAUGUCCUCUGUACAUGUGGUGGAUCACAGUUCCCCGUCACAGAACGAGAAACCAGCAGAUCAGAAUAUUCAUUUUCUGAGUUACAUACAGUCGUCACCAUGUUGCCCCCGAUCCUACAUUCCCUCUCACACAUCUGGAUUUAGCUCAGGAACUGUUUCCACAGCGGGUGGCUGUGGACUGGAAGGCAUUUUCAGGGGUAGAAGUGGAGGCAGAUUCAACAGUGGUGUUCCAACAAGGGCUCAGCCUGAAUGAAAGAAUUAGCAGGGUUAAGGACAGAGAGUGGGGUGUGGGACGGAUGGAUUGUUCUCACAUGAAGCCAGCAUGACUCAAUGGGCCAAAUGGUCUCCUUCCAUGCUCUAACCAUUCUGAUUGUCUGUGAAGCCCCUUACCAGCUAAAUAUCCCUCCCCCAUCCUAAAUAUACCCUUCCCACCCUAAAUAUCCCCUUCCCAUCCUAAAUAUAAUCUCCCCACCCUAAAUAUCCCCUUCCCACCCUAAAUAUCCUCUUCCCAUCCUAAAUAUCCCCUCCCCACCCUAAAUAUCCCCUUCCCAUCCUCAAUAUCCCCUUCCCAUCCUCAAUAUCCCCUCCCCACCCUAAAUAUCCCCUUUUAGCCUAAAUAUCCCCUUCCAGACGAAAUAACCCCUCACCCUAAA